AUGCAAGUAAAAACGUUCAGGGCAGUCCGGACCGUCUUGGUGUGCUGCUUCGCUUUCGCGGUUCUGUGGCAGCUCUGCCUGGCUGAUUUCCAGCCCUCGUUCCAGUUCAUCCCUCUUGGUGGCUACACCUCGGCUCCCCAGAUCGACUGGUCCCGAUUCGCCUACACUCAAUAUGCCACCAACCGAGCGUACCUCUGCAACUCGGUGAUGUUGUUUGAGACCUUGCAUCGCCUAGGCAGUCGAGCCGAUCGCCUGCUAAUGUAUCCAUCGGACUUCUCCACCGACGACAACUCCAGGGUUGCGAAGUUGCUCCGCAAGGCCCGCGAUGAGUAUAGGGUCAAGCUGGUCCCAGUCGAGCUUCAGCACCGGAAGGGCGUCGACAAGACCUGGGCAGACAGCUACACCAAACUACUAGCUUUCAACCAAACCCAGUACGAUCGCGUCUUGAGCCUGGACUCCGACUCAACUCUUCUCCAGUCUUUGGAUGAACUAUUCCUGCUCGCGCCAUCGCCCGUGGUCCUCCCCCGGGCCUACUGGCUCAGUCCCGCGAGCCGGACGAUGAGCACUCUAAUCGCAUUAAUCGAGCCCUCUGCGUCCGAGUUCGGCCGCAUCCAACGAGCGAUCGCCGACGCCGGGCCGAGCGAAUUCGACAUGGAGAUCGUCAACAAGCUGUACCAGGACCGCGCGGGGGAUCUCCCCCACCGGCCUUAUUACCUCCUCACCGGCGAGUUUCGUGCCAAAGACCAUACCGCCUAUCUCGGCAAUUCGCAGGACUCCUGGGACCCAGUCGAGGUCUUCAAUCAGACAAAAUUCCUGCAUUUUUCCGACUGGCCUCUUCCCAAGCCGUGGUUCCGAGCCAACACAAGUAUCAUUGAAGCGAAUCAGCCGACGUGUGACCUGGACCCCCAAACGGGUAUCCGUGAUGACUGUCGCGCGCGAGAUAUCUGGCGCAGCAUCUAUGAUGAUUUUGCCUUGAGACGGCAGGCAGUGUGUAAUAUGACGGUCAAAGAUGUAUAUACAGUAUGAUGGUGCUUUUCAUACUUUCUUGCUCUUUUUUAUCAUCCUCAUUUUUGUUGUUAGAGGAGGGUAUUUUCGGUGUGCCUGGUUAGCAUGCUGUGUAGUUAUAUUGGGAAAUCCUCAGGACAGCGUUGGUUUUAGAAAGGUCAGAUGUGGGGAAAUAGAUCUCUUCAGCUCAAGAUCAUGG